ACUAACCAUGAAACUUCAAUACAAUAUUACCCUUCUUUUUUCUCUCCUUAUCCAACUCCUACUCACCAUCAACGCCGGCGACUCUGUAGGCAACUUAUGCAGUGAACCAAUCAGCCAAAACAGCACCGUUUCAUCCAACAUUAAUAGCUUACUCUCUCAACUGGUCUCCAAAGCCUCCUCUUCACGUUACGCCGCCACCUCCUCCGGCAAAGGUAGCGACAAGCUCUACGGCCUUGCACAAUGCCGGAGCGACGUGAGCGGCGCAGACUGCUCCGACUGCCUCAAAGACGCCGCCAAAAAAAUCCUCCAACAGUGCCCUAACAAAGCUAACGCUCGGAUUUGGUACGACUAUUGCUUCCUCCGGUACCAGAAAGAUAAUUUCAUCGGAAAACUUGAUAAUUCUUACGCACUGUUUUUAAUCAACGUUGAAAAUGUCACCGACGUGUCGCCGGAAGUGUUUAAUAAAACGUUAGGUAAUUUGAUGGAUGGGAUUAAAUCAGAAGCUGUUGGUUCAAAGAAUCAACGGAUAGGAAAAGAUCAGACGAAGCUAUCACCUUUCAAUACGCUCUAUGGUUUGGUGCAAUGCACGAGGGAUCUUGCUGAUUUAGACUGUGCUCAGUGUUUAGCCAUUGCCGUCGGCAAUUUUCCGAACUUCUGCAACUAUAGGAAGGGCUGUAGGGGAUUUUAUAGUAACUGUUAUGUACGGUAUGAGCUUUAUCCAUUUUUCUUCCCUCUUGAUUCGACCGGUUCUUCAUCGUCAUCGUUUGCUACUCAACGUGUCGUGGUUCGUGCGUAAUUUUUUUAGCUCAAUUUCUGCUGUAUCAAUUUUUAAGCUGUAACUUGUAAGACAUAAAAGUGAACUAUAUGAUAAAAAAGUAAGGGUAAUUGAUUCUGAA